GAUGACACUGUUCCGGUUCUAAGUGCAGGAGGCAUAAUCAGGAUCGGAAAAAACCUCUGUUACAGCAUGUUGCCAUUUUAGCUUAGCCCCGUCUCCUUACAGAAACCAGGAAUGACCACAGCUUUGCAUCACAACCUGUAGCACUAUCUUAUUAACUACACGUAAUAAUUUUUUGGAGAGUCACUGAAAAAUGGAAUUUGCUAACUUCUCUGAUGGUGCCUGGAUUUUUUUUGAAUUAAGGGAGGAAACAUUAGUCUUCAGGACGUAAAUUAGGGUUCAGAAAAGAAAGCUGGUCCGAGAGACCCUGAAACCUGUAUCCAUCCCAGCGGCUCCUUGGUUCUGGUUCUGUCCCAGCCCAUCCCGGCCCGGCCGCUGUCAUGAAGAGACAGACUCUCUGCAAAGGCUCCUCUCAACCACUGCGGAGCCCGGCCUCUGGGCCAAUGAACCAGAGAGAGUCACGGUGGGCUUUUGUCGCGCUGUAGUGCUUGACAAAUACACCUUUCCAAUGUUAAGAUGGACAGGAUGAGAAAUGUGUGAGUCUUUCAUUACAGAGGGAUUUGCCUCCUCAUUUAAUAGUUUUCAGUAAAAACAAUAUUACCUUUUAUCUCUAUCAGUAUUUGUAUUUAAAAACAUAAAUAGUAUGGGGGGAAGAAGGAGACAUAGGUAAUACUUUCAACAAUAAAGAUUAAAGAAAAAGAAAAAAAAAAGAUGAGCUUUAGAGCCAGAUAGCCCCUGGGUUUGACUGCUGCUCUCUAGAUUGUGAUCUCAGAUUGGCCAACUUCUCAAAGCUUUGUCUUCCUGUAAAAGGAGAUAAAUGCAUUCAUUCAUUCAUUCUUCAUUGGUGUAUAGUGUAUUUACACUGUGCUAGCUGCUGUAGAGAAUGGAAGACACAACCCUAACCUUGAAGCAUUUCACAGUCUAACAGACCUGAGAAUAUGCAAAAGCUGACAUAGUUGUAAUUCACCUGAGAUCCAUAGUCUCUCCUUCCCCUGUGAGAAGUAAGACCAAAACCAAGCCGACAAGUAAGGUGAGAGCCCCAGGUCGCAGAGUCAGCCAGUGGGAGAGCCAGGAAUAAAAGGACCCGCGUCUCUCCAGUGCUCACUUCACCGUUCCUUCCUCGCUUUGGAGACAUGCAUUUGUACUGUGAAAACAGAAGGCAGUCCUACUGGAGAAAAUCUUUUUGGUGCUAUCGGCUGCUGUCAACCUAUGUCGCUAAGACCCGGUAUUUAUUUGAACUGAAGGAAGACGAUGAUGCGUGUAGAAAAGCCCAGCAGACGGGAGCAUUUUACCUCUUUCAUAACCUGGCUCCUUUGCUUCAGCAAUCGGAACAUCAGUACCUGCCCCCCCAGCACAGCCUAUUAGAGUUGGAAAAGCUCCUGGCUAAGUUUGGACAGGAUGCACAAAGAAUAGAAGAUUCUGUGCUGAUUGGAUGCUCCGAACAGCAUGAAGCAUGGUUUGCUCUGGAUCUAGGUCUAAAUAGCUCCUCUUCUGUCAAUGCUUCCUUACAGAAACCUGAAAUGGAGACGGAGCUCAAGGGGUCUUUCAUUGAGCUGCGGAAGGCUCUCUUUCGGCUGAACAUGAAGGAUGCUUCCUUACUGUCCACGGCGCAGGCUCUCCUCCGCUGGCAUGAUGCACAUCAGUUCUGCAGCAGAAGUGGGCAGCCCACCAAAAAGAAUGUGGCUGGCAGCAAGCGUGUGUGCCCUUCCAAUAAGAUCAUCUAUUACCCGCAGAUGGCUCCCGUGGUGAUCACUCUGGUGUCAGACGGGACCCGAUGCCUGCUUGCCCGCCAGAGUUCCUUUCCCAAGGGAAUGUAUUCUGCCCUGGCGGGUUUCUGUGACAUAGGUGAAACUCUGGAAGAGGCUGUCCAGCGAGAAGUUGCAGAAGAGGUGGGAUUGGAGGUGGACAGACUGCAGUACUCUGCAUCCCAGCACUGGCCCUUUCCCAAUAGCUCACUCAUGAUUGCUUGUCAUGCAAUUGUGAAACCAGGGCAGACAGAGAUCCAGGUGAACUUGAAAGAACUAGAAGCAGCUGCCUGGUUUAGUCAUGAUGAGGUGGUCGCAGCCCUGAAGAGAAACCACCCAUAUGCUCAGCAACAGGAUGGGACUUUCCUGUUCUGGUUGCCCCCUAAGUUAGCCAUCGCCCACCAACUGAUUAGGGAGUGGGUGGAAAAACCGGCCUGCCCCUCCCUGCCUGCUUAGCUCAGAUCACCUAGGUCCCUCCUCAGCAUCCCAGGGGGAGGGAGGGCACAUCAAAGAUCUGCUGAAAAGGGGAAGGUGACAAAAGGCCAUACCCAACCAAAUCCAUAUUAAGGCAGAGAAGGUGAGCCUACAGCAAGACACCUCUACCGGCAGAGUUAAUGAAAGAAGUUCCUACUCCUAGGCAGCGAAUGAGAUGGCAAUUGUCAAAAUCAGAGGGAAGGUGAAGCUUUACUUUAGAUGUGGGCCCUUGUUUACCCAUUUUCUCCGAGGCCUUGGGAGUAAACAUCUUUUGGCAUGUGGCUUGUUCAUGCUGGGUUUAUAUCUAACUGCCAAAAUGUGCCUGGUGUAAUUUUGGUUAAAACUUUUCUCUGAGUAUUGAAAAUAUGUAACAAAUCUCAACCACUGAAUUAUUUUUUGUCCUCAUAGAAUUAAGACAAAUAGCACAACCUAACAUUUUUGAAAUCAUGUACAGGUAAUUAUUUUGUUCAUGGUAGUUAAAUAGAAGUCCUGUUUCUUUAAGUCACCUUAAAGAAAAGGUGAUGCGGAAGGUGGGAGCUAAAGUCUCCCCAGGGUCCUCUGUAAUAAAUCGGGUGCAAUGAGGUUCAGUUGACAUAACUGCAUCCCAAUGGGCCGCAAGACAGUAAGUCUUUUUUUGCUGUUACUUGCUCAGUUUGUGACGUAAGGAAGUGAUUAUCACUUUGCCAUUUGUUUCCCUAAGUGUAAAAUGGUUGCUGCUAUUUGCAUAUCCAGUAAGUGUUGUAACUUAAACUAAGGGAUUAGUGAGGAUGAACCAUUUCUUGAGUUUUAUGGGAUAAACUAAAUUUAGGAAUUCUCAUCAUUCAUAUAUGCCAUUUUAUACCUUGUCAUAGGGGAGAAGAAUUUAUCUGGAGGAAAUAAAAUAAAUUUAUAUACCUCUGUUUAGAUGUAUUUUUUCUGUCUUAUGAAGAGAGGAAAUUGCAGAAAGUGAGAAUCUGGAGGGGGCGGGAGAAAAGGAAUCUCUGUAUUAGUGUGACAGGUGUUUAAGUCCAAGUACCAAGCUGUGGAACAACUGAAGCAAUGUGCAGAAGAAACGCUGUCAGAGGCCAGUUUGAAAAGAAUGGAUGUCUGGGGAAAGAGCUGUAUCCUCAGAUGAUUUCAGGCACUACCUUGUGAUUAAAUACAUGAGUGCCAGAAAACCUAUGAUGAUGCAUACAUCAAAGUUCCAUAG